AUGGUCAACCACGUUCUGAGGCUGGAAUCCUCUGGUAGAGGGCAGAGACCCGAGGCUCAGGGUGGUGCUUGUGUGACUCGAGAACAGCGCCCUAGCCUUUCAAUUCACACGGAGUCCCCAAGCCAGCCGGGCUCCUCCUCCCUCCCCCACAAUCGAAUUUGCUCCACAACCAAGAAAAAGAGAGACUCUCGCGAACACGAGGAGCCCACCACCUCCGAGAUGGCCGAGGAGACCUACGCUCCCAAGAUCUUCCGGCCCAAGCACACCCGCAUCUCCGAACUGAAGGCCGAGGCGGUGAAGAAGGACCGCAGAAAGAAGCUGACCCAAUCCAAGUUUGUGGGGGGAGCCGAGAACACCGCCCACCCCCGGGUCAUCUCCGCACCCGAGAUGAGACAGGAGUCUGAGCAGGGCCCCUGCCGCAGACACAUGGAGGCGUCUCUGCAGGAGCUCAAAGCCAGCCCACGCAUGGUGCCCCGCGCCGUGUACCUGCCCAACUGUGACCGCAAAGGAUUCUACAAGAGAAAGCAGUGCAAGCCCUCCCGUGGCCGAAAGCGUGGCAUCUGCUGGUGUGUGGACAAGUACGGGAUGAAGCUGCCAGGCAUGGAGUACGUGGACGGGGACUUUCAGUGCCACACCUUCGACAGCAGCAACGUUGAGUGACGCGUCCCCUCCCCGCCCUUCCCUCGCCCCCUCCCACCCCCAGCCCCGACUCCAGCCAGCGCCUCCCUCCACCCCAGGACGCCACUCAUUUCAUCUCAUUUAAGGGAAAAAAAAUAAUCUAUAUAUCUAUUUGAGGAAA